AAAGGAUCGAUGAUAGAACGAUAACAGUUGCACAGACGUAUAAGAAUACAUGAUAUUUCUUUUUCUUAUUACGAAAGUUACAAUUCUUAAGUUCAGUAAGUAUGCAAAAGUUCUUGAAAUAUUAUAAAUAGUCUGUGAAAGAUGAAGGGCGUUAUUAAAACAUCUCUAACACGUAUAUUUUUACUGACAUUUGUGUUAAGCAAUGUUUUCGCUCAUCGUUCCUUAGCGUUGUCUUGUACCCUUACUGGAAAUUCAUUGGACAAUUUAGAAUACGUUAAAACAAAUUGCAAAGAGAUUAUCGUAGAAGAUUUACUGGUACCUCCUGGAAAAACUUUAGAUUUUACAGGAAUUUCAGACGUUAGUAUAGUGUUUAAAGGAAAAACUUCAUUCGAAUUCAAGAAAUGGAAGGGACCUUUGGUUCUUGUAAGUGGUAAUAACGUUAACAUCACAGGAGCAGAAGGUGCUGUAAUUGAUGGUAAUGGUACCCAAUGGUGGAACCAAUUAGGAGGUAGUGGAAGCAUUUUAAGACCACGAAUGUUUAAACUUCGAUAUGUUAACAAUGUGAACGUAAACAAUCUUUAUUUUCUUAAUUCUCCUCGUCAUUGUUUUGCAAUUCAUAACUGUACCAACGUCACUGUUACAAAUGUAGUAAUAGAUGAUUCAGCUGGUGAUACUUACUACCGUAUACACAAUACUGAUGGAUUUGAUGUAAAAGGAUCCGAAAACGUUUAUAUUAAAGACGUUCAGGUAUUUAACCAAGAUGACUGCCUUGCUGUUAGAUCUGGAAAAAAUAUACAUUUUGCACGGGGUUAUUGCUACCAUGGUCAUGGACUAUCCAUUGGGUCUGUUGGAAAUCGUACCAACAACAUCGUCGAAAAUGUGUACAUAACAGACAGCAAACUUGUAAAUGCAGACAACGGUAUUCGUAUAAAAACCGUUUUUAAUUGCACAGGUUCUGUAACAAAUAUCUAUUAUAACAACAUUACGAUGAGUGGCAUUCAAAAAGUUGGAAUUGUUCUCCAAGGUGAUUAUAGAAAUACGAGGCCUACUGGAACACCAACUGAUGGCGUGCCUAUCAAAAAUGUAACCAUUACCAAUGUUAGAGGAACCGUCAGUGAGUCGGGAACUAAUAUUUACAUCCUUCUUGCCGAUGGUGUUGCUGAGAAUUGGUACUGGGAAAACGUUACUGUAACUGGUGGAAUGAAAAAGAGAAAAUGUUCAGGAAUUCCAGAAGGAUCUCAUGCUUUUUGUGACUAAUUUUGAACCUUAAAUUAAUGCAUUGCUCAAGACAAUUUUUUUUAUAUAUGCAUAGGUAAUUCUAAAAAAAUAUACAUAACAAGUAUACCUAGACCCUAAUGAAAAUACUUAAACCUUCUAAUUGUAUGUUUGCAAUUCUUAAUAAAAUUUUUAUCAAUAUCA